CCGUACCAUCAAACCCAAUCGCCAUAUCCAAGCUAGCCAUGGCGUGCCGCCUGUGCGUUUUUCUGCUCCUGCUUGCCUUCGCCUUCACCUUCACCAACGCCGAUGAAGCAGCAGCUUCACGGCGGACGCUCCCGCCGAUCCCCUGCAUCCCGGGCCGGCCACGGCCCCCGUGGCUGCCACCCUGCACGCCGCCUUCCCCGCCGCCGCCGCAGCCAGCCGAGUGCUACACGUCGCUGUCGGGGCUGAUGCCGUGCGCGGGCUUCCUCACCACCGGCGGGGUGCCGCCGGCGCCCCCUACGAGCGCUUGCUGCAACGGCCUCCGGUCGCUCGUCACCGACGCGCCCAUAUGCCUGUGCCACGUCGUCAACGGCGACAUCAGCGAGCUCCUGCAUGCGCCCAUGAUACCGCGGCGCAUGGUGGAGCUCCCCCGCUUUUGCGCCGUCCCCUUCCCACGUGCCACGCUUCGCCAGUGCAUCAGGGGGCCUGUGCCACCGAUGAACCCUCCACCGUCGACUCCACCACCGGUGCCGGAGCCAACCCCAUCACCAUCGACUCCGCCGGAAGCGUCACCACCAGAGCCGCCAUCGACUCCACCGGAAGCGUCACCACCGGAACCACCAUCGACUCCGCCAGAAGCGUCACCACCGGAACCAUUGACUCCGCCAGAAGCCUCACCACCGGAACCGCCGUCGACUCCACCACCGGUGCCGGAGCCAACCCCAUCACCAUCGACUCCGCCAGCAGCAUCACCACCGGAGCCCCCAUCGACUCCACCGGAAGCGUCACCACCGGAACCGCCAUCAACUCCACCAGAAGCGCCACCACCGGAACCAUUGACUCCGCCAGAAGCCUCACCACCGGAACCGCCGUCGACUCCACCAUCGGUGCCGGAGCCAACCCCAUCACCAUCGACUCCGCCAGCAGCAUCACCACCGGAGCCGCCAUCGACUCCACCGGAAGCGUCACCACCAGAACCGCCAUCGACCCCGCCGGAAGCGUCACCACCGGAACCGCCGUCGACCCCGCCGGAAGCGUCACCACCGGAACCGCCGUCGACCCCGCCCGAAGCGUCACCACCGGAACCGCCGUCGACCCCGCCCGAAGCGUCACCACCGGAACCGCCGUCGACCCCGCCAGCAUCAUCACCACCGGAACCACCGUCAACCCCGCCAGCAACAUCACCACCUGAACCACCAGCAGCAUCGCCACCGGAACCGCCAUCGACUCCACCAGCGGCGUCACCACCAGAAUCACCCUCGGUUCCUCCACCAGAAUCACAAUCAACUCCACCUCCAACACCAGCGAUGGCGCCACCAGAAUCACCACCAUCGACUCCACCACCAGAAUCACCCUCGACCCCACCACGGACGCCACCAGAAUCACCACCCUCAACUCCACCACCAGAAUCACCCUCCACUACCCCACCACCGGAAUCACCAUCUGAUCCACCGCCGACGCCGGCCGCUACGUCACCGGAAUCACCGUCUGAUCCACCGGCUACUCCAUCCCCAUCAUCUUAAUUACGGCUAGUUUUUCACAAGUAGUAGUGGUCUAGUCAAAUUAGAUACGCGUUUUAGGAUUCUAGGCGUCGACCAUUGUUCCUAGUGUUCGCAUCGCAUGCAGCAGUGUGUUUUAGUUAUGAUGUAGUUGCGUACCUAUCAUAACUAUAAGUUUGUUAGAAGUAUCUAUAAUAAUAUUAUUUUGGAUCUGUCAUCCA